CUAAAUUUCCUAUUUAGGCAAUGGCAACAGGCAACCAAGGAGGAGACGACGAAGAAAUCGAGCGAUGGCUUCCUCCAGAGGCGCUACUUUUGAAGCGAGCGAAGGAGGAUCAAAUCGUGAAAGGAGAAGAUUAUUUGGAGAGAGCCGAUAAGAAGAUGGACGGUUGGUCUUUUUUUGGCAACAAAUACAAUGAUGCAGCUGAAUUGUUAGAGAAAGCUGCCAACUCCUUCAAGCUCGCUAUGUCAUGGGAUGAAGCGGGGGAUGCAUUUGUCAAAUUGGCUGGAUGCCAUUUGAAGUUGAAUAGAAAACUUGAGGUUGCUAAUGCAUAUGCUGAGGCUGGUCUCAGCUACAAGAAAUAUAAUCGCAAAGAGGCUGUGGAAUACCUAGGAAAAGCAGUAGAGAUAUUUGCGGACAUUGGGGAUUUCAGUAUGUGUGGAAGAUAUUGUAAGGAAAUUGCUGAAAUAUAUGAGCAAAGGCAAGACAUUGGAAUAGCAAUCCAGCACUAUAAUACAGCAGUUGAUUAUUUCGAAAGGCAAAAUGUAUCAACAUUUGCAAAGCAGUGCAAACUUAAAAUUGCUAAACUUUCUGCUGAGAUGGAAGAAUAUCCAAAGGCUAUUAAAAUAUAUGAGGAGAUAGCGUGCCUUUCUGCUAAUAACAACUCGUUCAAAUAUGGAGUUAGAGAGCAUCUUCUUAAUGCUGGUCUUUGCCAACUAUGCCUUGGUGAUAAUGUUGCAAUUAAGAAUGCUUUAGAGAAGUAUGAGGAUCUGGAUCCAACAUUCUCAGGAACGCAGGAGUAUAAGCUACUGGUGGAUUUGGCUGCGUCACUGGGCGAGAAAAAUGCGGCAAAGCUCAUGGAUGCUGCCAUCGAAUAUGAUAGCGUGACCCAACUGGAUGCAUUGAGGACCACACUGCUUCUUAGGGUGAGGGAAUCAAUCUAUCAAAGCUACAGAACUUGAGGAGGAUGAUCUUAAUUACUUGAACUUAGGCCACUUGUACUUGCCUUUUUGUCUUAAUUUAUUUGGGAACGUAGUAAAGAUUUGUGGGGGUAUGAUGCUUCAUUCUAGCUACCUGGCAGUGGUGGUGGGCCUUUAAAUUAAAUAUUCAAUUGGUGAUAUUUAUUUAAAUUACAAGAAUGUUUGGUGAUGUUUCUUAAAGACUUCUGCAACGUUUGAUUUGUUUAUUCCGAGUUACUUAUAUUUAUU